GCUUGGAAACGGAGCUGUGCCGCGCAUGGAGCCAGUCUAGACAGCACCCAUGCCAAGCUAGGGAAGAACUCGCCGAGUAGCCGCUGACCUGUUGGCCCCUCGUUCUCGCCCCCUCGCACCCAGUGGCCCCUUCUCUCUGAUCGACGAGCGAGGCAGUGCCAGAGCCAUGAAUGUGCGCAAGAACGGGCGCUGCCCAGGCAACCUUUGCCACCCUGUGGGUCUGCUUUGCCUAGGCUGGCUGCUCUCCUCUGCCCUUGGCAAGACGAUCCGAUACCACAUCUAUGAGGAAGACCCUCCCGGCACAGUGAUCGGCACUUUGGCCGACGAGCUGCCCCUGAAGGGCUCGGGAGGAGGCGGCGGAGAGCGCAGUUUCCGCCUGGUGAAGGCGCCGGGCAACAGCUCGCUGGUGCAGGUGCGCGAGCGGGACGGGCAGCUGAGCCUGGGCGCAGAACGGCUGGACCGCGAGGCGCUGUGCGGGCAGGCGGAGGAGCCAUGCGUGCUGGCCUUCGACGUGGUGAGUCUGGGCUGGCCGCGCAGCGGCAGCGGUGGGGGCUCGCCUCCUUCGCCGUACCGCCUGGUGCACGUGGAGCUAGAGGUGAGGGACAUCAACGACCACGCGCCCCGCUUCCCGCAGCCGCUCAUCGCCCUGGAGGUGUCAGAAAGCGCAGCGCCGGGCACCCGCCUGCCGCUCGACCUGGCUCACGACUUGGACGUGGGCUCCAACGGCAUCCAGAGCUUCGCCGUCUCGCCCAACAGCCACUUCGGCCUAGAGGCACAGAGCCGCGCCGACGGGCUCAAGUGCGCCGAGCUGGUGCUGCUGACGGAGCUGGACCGCGAGGCGCAGGCCGCCUACCGUCUGGAGCUAGUGGCCAAGGACGGCGGCAGCCCGGCGCGCUCGGGCACGGCCACAGUCAGCGUGCGAGUGCUGGACGCCAAUGACAACGCGCCCGCCUUCCCACACGGCGCGCUGCUGACCGUCGAGCUGCCCGAGGACGCGCCAUCUGGCGCGCUGCUCCUCGACCUGGACGCCUCGGACCCGGAUGAGGGCGCCAACGGGCAGCUGCUCUACGCCUGGGGCAGCCAGGUGCCCGCCGAGGCGCGAAACCUCUUCGCUCUCGACCCGCUCUCGGGGCGCCUCAGCCUUCGCGCUGCAGUCGACUACGAGCUCCAGCGUACCUACGAGCUGGACGUGCAGGCCAGCGACCGCGGGGCCAGCCCGCUGGCGGCCAGCUGCAAGGUGGUGGUGCGCCUCCUCGACGUCAACGACAACGCGCCGGCCGUGACCAUCAGCGCCCUCAGCGCUGGCGUUGGCGGGGAGGGCACGGGGUCCGAGCCGGGGCCGCUCGUCGAGGGGGGCGCUUCCCCCGAGGGCGCCGCUGCCGCCUGGACAGUGGCCUACGUGAGCGAGGCGGCGCCGGCCGAGAGCCUGGUGGCGCUGGUCAGCACCUCGGACAGCGACGCGGGAGCCAACGGCCAGGUGCGCUGCGCCCUGCUGGCCGCGCCGCACGAGCCCUUCGCCCUGCAGCGCGCCUACGACGCCAGCUACGUGGUGCUCACCACGGGCGCCCUGGACCGCGAGCGCGUGGCCGAGUACAACCUCACGGUUGUGGCCGAGGACCUGGGCUCGCCGCCGGCCAAGACCGUGCACCGUCUCACCGUGCGCUUGGCCGACGAGAACGACAAUGCGCCGCGCUUCGUCAAGGCGCGCUAUGAGGUGGCCGUGCUGGAGAACAACCCGCCUGGCGCCUAUCUCGCCACCGUCCUCGCCGCCGACCCGGACCAAGGAGCCAACGGCAAGGUCACCUAUCGCCUGAUGGACAGCCAGGUAAUGGGCGCCUCCAUUUCCACCUAUGUUUCGGUGGAUCCGGCGACGGGGGCCAUCUACGCACUGCGCACUUUCAACUACGAAAUCCUCAAGCAGCUGGAGCUGACUGUCCAAGCCACGGAUGGCGGCUCCCCUCAGCUCUCCAGCGCAGCCUUGGUGAAGGUGCGGGUAGUAGACCAGAACGACAAUGCGCCUGUCAUUACUCACCCAGCACUCACCAACGGAUCCCUUGAGAUCGGGGUGUCCAGAAAAGCUGCCCAAGACUCGGUGGUGGCACACAUCAAAGCCAGAGAUGCCGAUGAGGGAGUCAACGCUGAGCUAAGCUUUUCCUUCCUAGAAGAUCCGCAGCAACAGCAGCCACCAGCCCUGGACCUCUUUGCCAUCAACAAGAAAACAGGAGAAGUUGUGCUCACCGGGAGCUUCUCAGAAGAACAGCUGGACCAAGUCUACCAACUGCUCCUCACCGUGGCCGACAAUGGACGGCCUCCCCUCUCCACUACGGUCCCUAUCAGUUUCCAGGUGACUGUUGCGUUGCUCCCCUCUAGCAGCCAGGAUUCUAAGGCCAAGCCCAACACUGGGGAAGGGAAAGCGGUGCAGUGGGAUAUACCCUUGAUUGUCAUCAUCGUCCUUGCUGGGAGCUGCACUUUGCUGCUGGUGGCCAUCAUCACUAUUGCCACCACUUGCAACAGGCGCAAGAAGGAGAAGAAGGGAGUCCUGGAGGAGCCGCUGGACAGCUCUCACCUGGAGAAGGGGCAGCAGGAAGGCAAGGAUGGGGGCCUGAUCUCCAGCCCUGGCGCCCGAGGCAAUGGCUUCGAAGUGCAUUCCUUCCCCAGCAAAUCUUCCUUUGCUAGCCCGGAGCCCUCCCCAGCCAGCGACGACAUCCCGGCUUUAGAAAACAUCAGAGAGACCGCCAGUCUCUAUGAUAGCCAGAGCAGACUCCGGGGGACGAAUGCAGAGUCUUAUGCCUCUACCCCUAGUUACAGCAAAGAGCCAGUCCCACCUGUGGCCGUCUGGAAGGGUCAUUCUUUCAACACCAUAUCAGGCAGAGAAGCAGAGAAGUUCAGUGGCAAAGACAGCGGUAAAGGCGAUAGUGAUUUCAACGACAGUGAUUCUGACAUCAGUGGGGACGCUCUUAAAAAGGACCUCAUCACACACAUGCAGAGUGGGUUGUGGGCUUGUACGGCUGAAUGCAAGAUCCUGGGCCACUCAGAUCGAUGUUGGAGCCCUUCCUGUGGCCAAGCCAAUCCUUACUCAUCCCCCCACCCAAAGACCCAGCUGUCCACCUUCUGCAAAAGCACCUCACUGCCCAGGGAUUCCCUUCGCCGAGACAACUAUUAUCAGGCACAACUGCCCAAGACGGUGGGGCUGCAGAGUGUCUAUGAGAAAGUCUUGCAUAGGGAUUAUGACAGGACUAUUACAUUGCUAUCGCCUCCUCAUCAGGGGAGGCUGCCAGACCUCCAAGAGAUCUCGGUACCCUCCACCAAGCACCCUCCACUCAAUAUUUAGGCCCUCCACCUGAGACCAGUCAGAAGGUUUAACUGCUAAUGUGUACUUCUCUUGAGCCGUGUAAGAAGCUGGUGUCAGGCCACAGAACUUGAAUUUCCAGAACCACAUAUUUGCUGGAGAUGUUUAUCUCUCUGUGUUAUCUGCAGGCUGGCUGAAGAGGAUGUGCAAAGCAUGUGCAAAGUGUCUUUCUCACUGCUUUGUGAUCACAGCCAGCCCCGACAAGCUUCCAAGUUUAUAGGAGAAGUCUUUGUAUUUUAGCACCUCUUUAAACACACACACACACA